UCAAACAAACUCACUACAUGAUAAAUUCGGAGUAUUUACAUUCUGCAAUCAUCGCAAUGCAAACAUCGUUUGGGAAACGCUUCUGUGAGUUCAAACAAGGUCACGACAUGAUAAUUUCGGAGUAUUUACAUUCUGCAAUCAUCGCAAUGCAAACAUCGUUUGGGAAACGCUUCUGUGAGUUCAGAGAGGAAAAAAACACAUUAUCCUUCCCGGUCACUCCCUUAAGCAUCGAUCCUUCCCUACUGAAUACGACUGCAUUGGCAGGUGUGAGUCAACCUGAUCUUGAGAUGGAACUGGCCGACAUAGCCAACAAAGACAUAUGGGUGUCCAAGUUUAGACGCUUGACAGAAGACCUUGAAGAUGUUGCCCGUCAGAAGGCCGUUCUUGCUCAGAAUCACAAAUGGAGUGAUAUUGAAAACCUUCCAAAACCGGACAAACUUGUGUUCGAAACAUGGAAUGCUAUGCCCGACAUUUAUGUAAACAUGAAAAAGUAUGCGCUUGGAGUCCUGUCGAUCUUUGGAUCCACAUAUGUAUGUGAGCAGGUGUUCUCCAACAUGAACUUUAUUAAAAACAAACAUCGUGCACGCCUCACAGAUGACAGCUUGCGAUCCUGUGUAAAGAUGAAGGUGACGUCAUACAGCCCUGAUGUGCAGACGCUGUGCGCUGAGGUCCAGGAGCAGAAAUCCCAUUAACCAAGUAUGAUAAAUAUUUUAAUUGCCUAUUAUUUUAUGUAUAUUCAUAUUUUUUCAUUGUUCAGUGAAAUAGUCCUUUUAUUUUUCAGGCUGACAGCUGGCUGAUGUUAUUUUUGGUUUGCUGCUGGCGGCAAAUUUAAGUUUGGCGUUUUUCAUAAAUACAAGAAGGACUCAAAUAGACGUUGAGUAUUUUACUUAAAAGUAACCUUCAACCCAACGUCUUUUUUUCGGAGUUCAAAAUGUUUUUGUUGCAUGCAGAAAUGUAAUUUCGUUUUCUCUGCAGGAGUUCAUCAAUUUCAUAAAUGCAACACAUUAUAGUUUGUUUAUACAUAGCAUAAAGGCAAAAAAAACGUUGUAUGCAGUGUUAUUUCAUUUUAAAUGUCAAACGGGU